AUUUUGUUUUCUCGACCGAAACGCAGCCAAAUCCGGGCUUGUUUUUUGACCGUGGGUCCCUGCUGCCUGUGUCCAUUUCAACGAAAGCCACCAUCGGGAAGAGAGAGAGAGAGCAAAAUCCUUCCGGUACUCGAAACAAAAAUUCUUCCGGCUGGCCUUAGGCAGAGAACGAGAGACAGAGUCUCAGAGAGAUGGGAUGGAGAGGGAUAUUGGGUUUUGAGUAUGGCAUCGUUCAGGGACCAUUGGGACCUGAUAUUUCUGGUCCAGACCUUGUUGCUGCAGUUGCUAAUGCCGGUGGUCUUGGUUUCCUCCGAGCCCCCGAUUGGGAGUCGCCGGACUACUUACGGGAGUUGAUACAAAAAACACGAAACUUAACUGACAAACCAUUUGGGGUCGGUGUUGUUCUGGCCUUUCCCCAUGAGGAAAAUAUAAAGGCUGUAUUGGAAGAGAAGGUAGGGUUCCUGCAACUUUCAUGGGGUGAAUUUUCCAAGGAGCUUGUACAUGAAGCCCAUUGUGCUGGGGUUAAGGUUGUUCCCCAAGUUGGGAGUUUAGAAGAAGCAAAAAAAGCAGUUAAUGCAGGUGUAGACGCAAUCAUUGUUCAAGGACGUGAAGCGGGAGGGCAUGUAAUUGGCCAGGAUGGUUUGAUAUCAUUGUUGCCCAGAGUAGUUGAUCUUAUUGGGGAUCAAGAUAUACCGGUAAUUGCUUCUGGGGGCAUUGUUGAUGCACGUGGGUAUGUUGCUGCUUUGGCCCUUGGCGCACAAGGCAUUUGCUUAGGCACCAGGUUCGUUGCAACUGUGGAAAGCUAUGCUCACCCUACAUACAAGAGGAAGUUAAUUCAACUUGACAAAACUGGGUAUACUGAUAUAUUUGGCCGGGCAAGGUGGCCCGGUGCACCACAACGUGUCCUGCAAACACCUUUCUUCAGUGAUCAUAAAUCCCUUCCUUUUAACAUGAAUGAACUCGACAAGCCUGUUAUUGGUCGUUCAACAAUACAUGGCAUGGAGAAGGAAAUUCGCCAGUUUGCAGGUACUGUUCCAAAUGCGACAACCACAGGCGACAUUGAAAGCAUGGCUAUGUAUGCUGGCCAAGGUGUAGGCCUUAUCAAGGAAAUUUUACCAGCAGGUGAAGUUGUCGAAAGACUGGUUGAAGGGGCUCAGCAUCUGAUCCGACAAAAAUUUGGUGGCAUUUAAAUGUUGUUGAUUUUGCAAAUUGGGGUACAGUGGACGACAAAAUCUGAAUUUGUACCGUCUUGAGAGACUGUAAAAGAGGAGAUGCAUGCUUGGGGCAAUUCACCGCUCAUAUGGAAUGGAUGUCUGUCUGUCUGUGCAUGUGCAUCUUUGCGUCUCGUGUAUAAUUUUUACUCUAUAAGUUACCUUAAUUACGUAUCAAAUUAUUAAAUCUCAU